AUGCAAAGAAAGAACUUCACAGAAGUGGUGGAAUUCAUCUUCCUGGGAUUCUCUAUCUUUGGAAAGCACCAGAUAACCCUCUUUGUGGUUUUCCUCACCAUCUACAUUUUCACUUUGAUUGAGAACAUCAUCAUUGUGACUAUCAUCUGCAUUGACCGUCAUCUCCACACACCCAUGUACUUCUUCCUAAGCAUGCUAGCUAGUUCAGAGACAGUGUACACACUGGUCAUUGUCCCACGAAUGCUUUCCAGUCUCAUUUUUCAUAGCCAUCCUAUCUCCUUGUCAGGCUGUGCGACCCAGAUGUUCUUUUUCAUUACCUUGGCCACUAAUAACUGCUUCUUGCUGACAGCAAUGGGCUGUGACCACUAUGUGGCCAUCUGCAAGCCCCUGAGAUACACAGUCAUCAUGAACAGAGGAAUGUGUGCCAGGUUAAUGUGUGGGUCCUUUGGCACUGGGCUGGUUAUGGCAGUUCUCCAUGUAACGGCCAUGUUCAGUUUGCCCUUCUGUGGCACAGUGGUGGACCACUUCUUCUGUGACAUUUACCCAGUCAUGAAACUUUCUUGCAUUGAUACCACUGUCAGCGAGAUCAUCAAUUAUGGUGUAAGUUCAUUUGUGAUUUUUGUGCCUGUGGGCCUGAUCUUCUUCUCCUACGUCCUCAUUAUCUCCUCCAUCCUUAAGAUACCCUCAGCCAAGGGCCGGAAGAAGGCCUUUGCCACCUCUGCUUCCUACCUCACUGUGGUCAUCGUCCACUAUGGCUGUGCCUCCAUCGCCUACCUCAAGCCCAAGUCAGAAAACUCAGUAGAGAAAGAUCUUCUUAUCUCUGUGACCUACACCAUCAUCACGCCCAUGCUGAACCCUGUCAUUUACACUGUGAGGAACAAGGAAGUCAAGGAUGCCCUACGCAGAGCGGUAGGCAGAAACACUUUUUAA